AUGUUGAGCAAGCUACAAGUCAAGUCGUUGCUGGCAGGUCCCCUCGAGGAUUUUAUCAAUCCGUUGGCAAUGCCGUCGAUUGUUUCGUUUGAGAAUAAUGGUUUUCGGUCCUUUACAUUCGACAAGGCUCUGUCGGAACAUCACGUCAAGGCCAUGGAGGCUCUGCUGGAUCCUGACUAUAUGAAGAACGAAGAGCAAAAGUUGAUGGACUUGUCGCCUCUGAUCCAGCAGUUCAAACAAGCCGUGGAGUCACAAGACCCUAAAGAAGUGAAGAAUGCUCAACUGGCAUGUUUGGCUUCUGCCAUUUUCCAUUGGCUUGCCACUGACCUCGUCGAGUCUGCCCAAUUGGGCUUUCGACGAGCGCAAGCUGCCGAAAAGGAACGCUUCCUGGAAUUGCUUGACCAAGGUGAUCCUCUCUAUCUUGUGCUACACGCAGAUGAUGUUCGCUCGUACGAAGAAACUGCUAAUGCUUUGCAGAACAUCUUUGCCCCGUCACCAUCUGAAGACGGAACAAGGAACUGGAGCCCGGCCCUGUUUUACUUUGAAAAUAUUUCGGAGAUGCGGCAGCUGGCCAAAACCUUACAAGCCACAGGAGAGUUGGUCGUGCAAGGCAACUUGGAGAUCUUGGCCCGAGAAAUGGAACUCAAAACUGUUGUACCAUACCUGACGGAACAGGCCAAGGCCCAGGGGUCUUCCGAGGGUGAGCUCGAGGCUGGUGUGAACAAACUCUUGGACAACAUGGCCAAAAACCCCGAUCUACAUGACGAUAUUGCCAGAGGACUCGUGCACAUGACCACCGAGAUGGAAAAGCACUGGCUCCAUGGAAGAAUCAUGACUCGUGCCGAGCUUUAUCUGGAGCAGCAGGCCAUUGCCUUGGUUCAGUGGCUGCAGAUCUUAGCGGACGAUGAAGAUCCUAACUUUUGUCUAGUCAUGGCACAUUCGCUUCGUCAAGAACAACACCUUGUACCUCUCCUGCAAGAAGACUUUUCCUUGGGACCACGUUUUACGAAGCCUUGGCAUCAACUUUUGACCACAAUCACCAAAAAGGCAUCACCGGACUUUUCCUUGAAGCUUGGUCGAUCGUACAUGGCAGUCUACGAUACUUUGAUCGAGCAGUAUGCUAUUCAAGGCCGUGGAGUUCAGGCACACAGUGUUUUUGGUUUGUCGGAACACUUCUUGUCCAAUACGGACUGUGUUCAGGAUCUCAUUGACAAUCACUCUCUGUUACCACGCUUGUCCCAAUGGAUUGCUGACUAUGUCAAGCGUGAUGGACACCAGGAACCUUGGAAGCGUCUCGAGUCCGAAGAGUAUGUGACACUCAAGUAUGAUCGAUACAGCCCAAUCCUGACCGAUGUCGAUCAUCUCUCCAAGUUGGAAUGUUUCACAAGUCGAAUUGAAUGCCCUUUACUCAAAGGCGUCGCGGACAUUAUGGUACACAAUGCCAGCGGACAGAGCUGCUGCAAUACAAUGGAAAAGGAUUAUGAAAAGGCAAUCCUGGAAUAUUCCGAUGCGCUGGAUCUCACUGUUUCACAUCUUGGCCAAGAUCAUCCAUUGGCCGUGGCAUGGCAAUACAGUAUUGGCUGGUGUAUCUACGGCAAGGGAGAUCACCCGGCGGCUCUGGAAAAGUUCGGGGAGGCACUCGAACUAUCCAAAACAGCUUUGGGAUAUCUUACAAACCCAUUAACGGCAACCAUACAAGUUGAUAUUGGGCGAGUCCACUCCAGCCUUGGCGACUACGGAACUUCCUUGGCGGCUCACGAAGCUGCGUUGUCCCUCAGGGAGAAAGUACUGGGUGAUAGCCAUAUCGAGACGGCCAGGUCAUACUGCGAAGUAGCCGGUGUGCUCCGACGCCAGGGCGCAGCCGACAACGACGGACGACAUGUUGCUUUGUACCGCCAGGCCCUGGAUGUGUUCGAAAAGGAACCAAACUUGGCGGGUGAGACAGCUAGCAUCAUGAGUCUUCUUGCUGCUGCUUUAGCAGAGCAGGGUGAUCAUAGCGGCGCCAUCGAGCAGCAUCGCAAGGCUCUCACACUUUGCGUGUCAAUUCACGGAGAGGAUCACUUGGAGACAGCCAACAUACAUGGCAACCUUGCAAACGCCCUCAAAGAUGCGGGUGACUUCGAGGGUGCAAUGACAGAGUAUAGAGCCGGUCUCCAGAUUCGACGAUCAUGUCUUGAUGCCAGCAAUCCGGCUAUUGGAACAUCUCUCAAUAACAUUGGCUUGUUGCUACAUGAAAAUGGGCGGUAUGACGAAGCUUUAGUGGAGCUCAAAAAGGCAAUUGACAUCUAUGUGUCGUCCCUUGGACCAGACCACCCCGAAACUGCAAAUGCCCACUUCAACUGCGGUCUUGUUCUUUGGAAGCUGCAGAUGCACGACGAAUCGCUGGCAGAACAUAGAACGGCGCUGGCAGCGUAUUCGUCUUCCGGCAAUGAGCCAGGGAUUGCCAAGACACUCGAUGAAAUUGGGUGGGCUCUGAUCGAGAUGGAAGAUUUGGAUGCUGCCUUGACAGAAUACCAAAAACUGUAUACUGUCCGCUUGUCAAUGUUGGGGGAAGAUCACCCCGAUACGAUGGAAGUCAAACAGAUCGUUUUGGAUUUGCGUGGAGAAGUCCCUGCGAUUUCCAACGAAAUAGAUGCUGAGCAGGACGACGGUAGCGCCACAACUGUUGACGCAACUGUGGACACAGAUCAAGUGGAAGUUGUGGAUUCGGACAAGGACCUUCUUGGCGUCAGUGUUCACCAUCUGCAGCAUGGGCUAUUGCAUGAGGUCAAAGAAGCUGGGCUGAGCCGUGAAUCCAAAAUCUAUGAGAUUGAAGACCUCCGGUAUCCAGCGCACGGAGUGAUUCGGAGAAAGGGUGCAUCAGUGACUUGCCCCAUUGAUGGCCAACUAGGUGCCUCUUAUGUCCAUUCUUUGGGCGACGAUCCUGACAAGGUGGGGCCGUCACAUUUUAUGAUUUCGUAUUCUUGGGGUUAUUGCAUAGGAGACAUUGUGGAUACUCUUGUGAGCUACUGUGAUGAGCAGAACAGGGACCCAAAGUCAACCUACAUAUGGAUCUGUUGCCUCUGCGUCAAUCAACACAGAGUGCAGGGCGAAGACGUCUUGCCGGAUGAGUUAGCCUCCAUCUUUGGGAGGCGUGUGACCGGAAUUGGUCACGUUCUGUCGAUGAUUACGCCCUGGAAGGAGCCGGAAAACCUAGGCCGAAUUUGGUGCGUGUUCGAGUUGUUCAAGGCCCACACAAUGGGCUGCGAAGUCACCAUUGUCAUGCCUGCAAAGGAAAAGGUGUCCUUGGAGAGCGAUUUACUCGGAGAUGAGCCUGGGAGUGGAGUGGAGUUGCUAUAUGGAGCCAUUGCCAAAACGAAAAUCGAAGAAGCAUCUACCAGCAAGGUUGCCGAUCGCAUUGCAAUUCUGGGAUGGGUAGAAGAACAUCUUGGCUAUUCCGAGUUGAAUCGGCAGGCUCAAAUGAUGGGAACUUUCUAG